AAGUCUCAAAGAUGCAUCUCAGAGGUUUCCAGCAGAGAGAUGACUCCAAGCUCCAUGAAGAUGUUGCUGCUGGGUUGUCCCAUGUUGAAAAAAAGCUAUGUAGCUAUUUCAGUCGUGUUGAAAUAAUUGGGAAAAGAGGUCGAAAAGUUGCGGUUCUCCUUUCUCCAGAUGUGGUGGAUGCUCUGACUCUGCUGAUCAGCAAAAGAGAGCAAUGUGGAGUUUGCUCCACAAACAUCUUUCUUUUUGCCCGACCAAGAUCUCAAAGUCACUACAGGGGCCAAGACUGUUUGCGUGUUUAUGGAAGCCAAUGUGGGGCGAAGCAUCCCGAGUUCCUCAGGUCCACACAACUCAGGAAGCAUGUUGCCACAUUGUCACAAGUCCUCAACCUCAAAAAUAAUGAAAUUGACCAGGUGGCUGACUUCUUAGGACAUGACAUCCGUGUCCACAGAGAAUUUUAUCGCUUACCUGUGCCAACAACACAACUGGCAAAGAUUUCUAAGCUCCUUUUGUCCAUGGAGAAAGGACAUGUAUCCACCCUGCAAGGGAAAUCCCUUGAUGACAUCGAAAUCGAAGAUGAAAUAGAACUAAGUGAGGAUGAAGAAAAGGAAGAUUUAAAUGACUCAGAUGAUGGCAAUUCUGUGGAACCUGAGGAACCCAUGGAACAUGAGAAACCUGUAGAACCUGUGGAACCCGAGCAAAGCAAGAAUAUGGAGGAUUUGUUGGGAGCAGUGUCAUCAACCGCAGAGGAAACUAUCCCUCCUUUUGAAG